UAUCGCUCAACUCGGCGUCCGAACAGUUUCUACUCCCCAACCUGGUUCGGUGGUGAUUUCAUCUCCCUCUACCCGGUUCCGUGCUGAUCAACUGCAUCCAGGAUCGUCGCCGGCGGCCGUUCCCACGCCGAGAUCGGAUCGAUCGAAAGCUUCCUAGGUCUGGACCUGCGGUAGACCUCAAAGCCUCGAUCGCACCGCAUCUUCUCUCUCUGCUGCUCGUCCGCUCCGUCGCCGCCGACCCCGCCGCCAGCUUCCCCUUCCACCUAAAAGGACGGCCGCUGGCGGCCUGCCCCGCCCCCGACGCGUCGGUUUCCACUGGAUAGGCGUGGGGCGGCGAUCCGUCCGGACCUAGGGUUGCGAGACCCUAUAGGGUACUACCCUAGGAGCAGCCGCCUCCACGUGGGUGAGGCGGAGGAGGGAGGAUGUCGUCGCUCAGCCGGGAGCUAGUUUUCCUCAUCCUGCAGUUCCUUGAUGAGGAAAAAUUCAAAGAGACCGUUCACAAGCUGGAGCAGGAGUCCGGAUUCUAUUUCAACAUGAAGUACUUUGAGGACGAGGUCAUCAAUGGGAAUUGGGAUGAGGUGGAGCGCUACCUCGGUGGAUUCACCAAGGUCGACGACAACCGCUACUCCAUGAAGAUAUUCUUCGAGAUCCGCAAGCAGAAGUAUCUCGAGGCCCUUGAUAAGCAUGAUCGGUCAAAGGCUGUUGAAAUCUUGGUCAAGGACCUUAAGGUCUUUGCAUCCUUCAAUGAGGAGUUGUUUAAGGAGAUCACACAGCUUCUGACCUUGGAAAACUUUAGGGAAAAUGAACAGCUCUCUAAGUAUGGCGAUACAAAAUCUGCAAGAGCAAUAAUGCUUGUUGAGCUGAAGAAGCUGAUUGAAGCUAACCCUUUGUUCCGCGACAAGCUACAAUUUCCCAACCUGAAGAAUUCUAGGCUGCGGACACUUAUUAACCAGAGCUUAAACUGGCAGCACCAGCUUUGCAAAAACCCUAGGCCUAAUCCUGACAUCAAGACUCUUUUUGUUGAUCAUUCGUGUGGACAACCAAAUGGUGCACGUGCUCCAUCACCAGCAAACAAUCCGUUACUCGGAUCUAUGCCCAAACCUGGAGGUUUCCCUCCAUUGGGUGCCCAUGGACCUUUUCAACCUGCACCAACGCCUGUCCCACCUCUGGCUGGGUGGAUGUCAAACCCUCCAGCAGUAACACAUCCUGCUGUGUCUGGUGGUGCCAUUGGAUUUGGCACUCCUACAAAUCCUGCCGCUUUGUUGAAGCAUCCUAGAACACCCACAACUGCUAAUCCUGGUAUGGAUUAUCCAUCAGGAGAUUCUGAUCACAUCUCCAAGAGAACUAGACCAGUUGGCAUGUCUGAGGAGCAGGUGAAUCUUCCGGUGAACAUGCUGCCUGUGACUUAUCCGCAGAGCCAUAAUUACCAACAAGAUGAUUUCCACAAAACUGUUGCACGGACCUUGACUCAAGGAUCAACACCGAUGAGCAUGGAUUUCCAUCCACUUCAACAAACUCUUCUUCUUGUUGGUACCAAUGUUGGCGACAUUGGAUUGUGGGAUGUUGGUACCAAAGAGAGACUUGUUGUAAGAAACUUCAAGGUCUGGGACCUUAGUAAAUGUACAAUGACCCUCCAGGCAUCACUGGUUAAGGAUCCAGCUGUGUCAGUUAAUCGCAUAAUAUGGAGUCCUGAUGGAACCUUGUUUGGUGUUGCUUAUUCAAGGCAUAUUGUACAGAUUUAUUCCUAUAACGGCGGUGAUGAUCUUAGGCAACACUUGGAGAUUGAUGCACAUAUUGGUGGUGUAAAUGACAUCGCAUUUGCUCAUCCAAAUAAGCAGCUAUGUAUAAUUACAUGUGGAGAUGAUAAGACAAUUAAGGUAUGGGAGGCCACUAGUGGAACUAAGCAAUUUACCUUUGAAGGACAUGAAGCUCCUGUUUAUUCUGUUUGUCCACAUUACAAGGAAAAUAUUCAGUUCAUCUUCUCGACUGCUUUAGAUGGGAAGAUUAAGGCAUGGCUAUAUGAUAAUUUGGGAUCUAGAGUUGACUAUGAUGCACCAGGUCAUUGGUGCACUACAAUGGCAUAUAGCGCAGAUGGUUCAAGGUUAUUUUCCUGUGGCACUAGCAAGGAUGGUGAAUCACAUCUAGUAGAAUGGAAUGAAAGUGAAGGAGCAGUGAAGAGGACAUAUCAGGGAUUCCGUAAGCGAUCCAUGGGUGUUGUGCAAUUUGAUACCACCCGGAACAGGUUUUUGGCCGCUGGGGAUGAAUUCAUGAUUAAGAUAUGGGACAUGGACAGCACAGGUCUUCUGACUACCAUUGAUGCUGAUGGUGGCUUACCUGCAAGUCCACGGAUACGCUUCAACAAGGAAGGAACUCUAUUGGCUGUCUCUACUCUUGACAAUGGUAUCAAGAUCUUAGCAAAUGCUGAUGGACUUAGGUUGCUGCGCACUCUGGAAAAUCGCUCUUUUGAUGCUUCUCGUAAUGCAACUGAGACUGUAACAAAGCCUCUAAUAUUGACUGCGGCAAAUGCGGCUGCAGCAAGCAGUUCAGUAGCUGCUGCUCCGUCAGCUAUAACUGCAAUGAAUGGUGAUAGCAGAAGUUUGGUUGAUGUAAAACCUAGAAUAGCUGAUGAGUCCCUGGACAAGUCAAAGGUAUGGAAGCUUAUGGAGAUAACUGAGUCAACUCAGUGCAGAUCAAUCAAACUGGCGGAUAACAUGAGAACAAGCAAGAUCUCGAGAUUGAUUUACACAAAUUCUGGUCUUGCUAUCUUGGCUUUAACUUCAAGCGCUGUUCAUCUACUCUGGAAAUGGCCACGCAGUGAUCGCAAUUCUGGAAAGGCGACCGCGAGUGUGUCUCCCACCCUAUGGCAACCACCAAGUGGCAUCUUCAUGACUAAUGACACAACUGAUAAUAAUCCUGAAGAAGCUGUUCACUGCUUUGCUUUGUCGAAGAAUGAUUCAUAUGUCAUGUCUGCUUCUGGAGGGAAAAUCUCUCUGUUCAACAUGAUGACCUUCAAGACGAUGACAACAUUUAUGCCUGCACCGCCAGCAGCAACUUUUCUUGCAUUUCACCCCCAAGAUAACAACAUAAUUGCAAUUGGAAUGGAUGACUCGACCAUCCAAAUCUAUAAUGUCCGAAUUGAUGAGGUCAAAAGCAAGCUCAGAGGUCACUCUAAGAGAAUCACGGGUCUUGCCUUUUCAAAUGUGCUAAAUGUGCUAGUCUCUUCAGGAGCUGAUGCCCAGUUAUGUGUUUGGAACACGGAUGGAUGGGAGAAGCAAAAGACCAGAUUUUUGCAGAUACCAUCAGGUCGCCAAUCCAAUAUCUUGGACACUCGUGUUCAGUUCCACCAAGAUCAAAUGCAUUUUCUUGUUGUGCAUGAAACCCAGAUUGCCAUCUAUGAAACUACAAAACUAGAACCAGUGAAGCAGUGGCCUGUUCGAGAGAAUUCACCUCCAAUCACACAUGCCACAUUCUCGUGUGAUAGUCAACUGAUCUAUGCAAGCUUUAUGGAUGCUACUGUUGGCAUAUUUAAUGCAUCAAGUUUGAGACUUCAAUGUCGGAUUCUUCCUGCUUCAUAUCUUCCUCCAAAUAUCAGUCCGAGUGUUCAUCCUGUUGUGGUUGCGGCACACCCUUCGGAAGCAAGCCAGUUUGCUCUAGGGCUGACUGAUGGUGGUGUUUUUGUGUUGGAACCUUUGGAAUCUGAGAGAAAAUGGGGAAAUCCUCCACCAGUAGAGAAUGGGUCUGCUAGCAACUUGUCCACGCCGCCUCCUAAUGGAGCUUCAAGUUCUGACCAACCAGAAAGAUGAUUAAGAAGUUGGAACUGGUAGAUUUUUCGUGGCAUGAGUCUAACCAAGAUGGGCUUCAAAGGGUGGUGCAACUAACCUUGGCAGAUCGGUUCCAAGGGAGUCAGACAAUGCGCUCAAUAAAAACAAGCUCAACAGCAGUUUAUCCGUUGCUUAUAUAUAUUUCUAAUGACUGUAUCGAGUGAGGAGGAUAGUCCUAGUAUUUCAUUUUGCUUUGUUUACCGUGCUGUGAAGAGUUUUUAUCAGUAGAUAAGAUGUAGUACAACUAUCAGUAGAUAAGAUGUAGUACAACUAUCAGUUUGGGUGUGCUUGGUACCUAUAUUUAUUAUGACUUAGUGAAAGUAUCUUGUUUCGUUUGCCUC